GCAACAUUAUUAUAUUCGCGAGUGACGUAUGAACUGCCGAAAACGAAAAGCCUCUCUGUGCCGUUGUUAUCUUCUAUCAUUUCUGAAGAAUGGAGACAAACGGCCAGGCAAAUGGGCUUAAAUCGAAAAAGAAAGAGAAUGGCGACACAAAGGACAACUUAUGGUCUGCAAUAUUGGAGGAGGUUCAAAAUACAGGAAACACAAAACUACCUUCAAAUAAAAAUGUGUUAGUACUGGGUGAUAAUGAGACUGGCAAAACUACACUUAUAGCUAAAUUACAAGGAGUAGAGGAUCCCAAAAAGGGCUCAGCUCUCGAAUAUGCAUAUAUAGAUGUAAGAGAUGAAUACCGAGAUGACCACACACGGUUAAGUGUAUGGGUCCUGGACGGGGAUCCAGGGCACACAAACCUGCUCAAGUUUGCCCUCAAUGAGGAGACAUUCCCGCACACGCUGGUGAUCCUCACAGUGGCCAUGACGACUCCAUGGGGCAUCCUCGACCAGCUGCAGAGCUGGGUGUCCGUGCUCGGCGACCACAUAGACAAAUUGGAUCUCACACCUGAACAAAGGCAACAAAGCAAACAAGCGCAAGUGCAGAAGUGGCUCAACUACACGGAGCCAGGCGACGAGCUCGAAGCCCUGUCCCCCAUGAAGCGCUCCUCCAGGACCCUCAGCGACGAGCUCGACGCCGAGCCCGACGACGCGCUGGGGGACGGAGUACUGACGACUAAUUUGGCGUUGGAUAUGCUGGUUGUUGUCACUAAGACGGACUACAUGAGCACGCUGGAGAAGGAGCACGACUACCGCGACGAGCACCUCGACUUCAUGCAGCAGUGGAUCCGCAGGUUCUGCCUGCAAUACGGCGCGGCGCUAUUCUACACGAGCGCCAAAGAGGACAAGAACUGCGACCUCCUCUACAAGUACUUGACGCACCGAAUAUACGGCCUGCCCUUCCGCACACCCGCGCUCAUUGUGGAGAAGGACGCGGUCCUUAUACCCGCUGGCUGGGAUAGCAUGAAGAAAAUUAGCAUAUUAUACGAAAAUCUGCAAACUUGCAAGCCAGACGACUACUACAGAGAUGUCAUUGUGCAACCAGCUACCAGGAAAAGCGGCUGCCACCGCGAGGCAGAAGUCUCGGCGGAGGACGAGCAGACAUUCUUACAGCGACAGCUGACGGCACUACAGGCCGGCGCCGCGCCCCGCGCCGACAGCCCGCUGCGCGCCGCCGCCCGCCCCUCCACACAGUUGGACGGCGCCAAGAUCGGCAUGGCGGCGGGCGCGCCCGGCAACGAGGGCGUGCUGGCCAACUUCUUCAACUCGCUGCUCUACAAGAAGACCGGUGAGAUAAGCGGCGCCGGUCGCGGCGAGACGGGCGCGGCGCGGUCGGACGCGGCGGCCGAGCUGGACCGCCUGACGCGGGCCAAGCGCGCGCCGCCCUCGCCCGCGCUCCACGACCCCGGCUCCACCGACUGCUAGCCACUGGGUGAGUG